AUGGCAUCAAUCCCGCUCGGCCCGUUGGGCACGCAGUCGCCUCUCUCCGCCGCCCUCAUCACCGUGGGCGCCAUCACGGCGGUCUCCAUCACCUACACACUGGUCCGCUUCGUUGCCUCCACGUUCCUCCUGCCUGGCACCCCACUAUCAACCUUCGGACCCAAGGGCUCCUGGGCAGUCGUGACUGGCGCUUCCGAUGGCAUCGGCAAAGAGUUCGCGCUGCAGCUGGCCCGCAAGGGGUUCAACCUCGUUCUAGUCAGCAGGACCCAGAGCAAGCUCGAGGCUCUGGCAAAGAGCAUUGAAGGCGUUGAGGUGGAGACCCUGGCCAUCGACUUCUCGAAGCCGACAGAGACAGACUAUGUCCAUCUGGAAAAUGUACUGGGGGGAAAACAGGUGGCAGUACUCAUCAACAACGUUGGCCAGAGCCACAGCAUUCCUGUGCCCUUCAAUGAGACCGACACAGGAGAGCUGCAGAACAUCAUUCAGAUCAAUUGCAUGGGAACACUCCGCGUCACUCAAACUACUCUUCCGCAUAUGCUCCCGCAGAAGAAAGGUCUCAUCCUGACCAUGGGCUCCUUCGCUGGUCUCACCCCCACGGCCUUACUGGCAACCUAUUCGGGCUCCAAGGCCUUCUUGCAGGCAUGGAACAACGCGCUCGCUACGGAGCUUGCGCCUCAAGGUAUCACUUGUUAUCUGAUCCAUGGAUACCUCGUCACGAGCGCCAUGUCAAAGAUCCGGCGGAGUAGCUGGUUGAUCCCGUCGGAGAAGGUCUUUGUGAAGUCAGCGCUGGCGAAGAUUGGGCGUAGGGGCGGCAGUCUUGGCUUUACAUAUUCGGGCACUCCGUACUGGAGUCACGCACUGUUUGCAUUUGUGGUCACUGGUGCGAGUUUGGCGUCGGACUUCAGUCAGAAGGUGGUUUACGGAAUCAACAGGACGAUGCAUGUCGAUAUCCGGCGGAGAGCGCUGAGGAAGGCGGAGAGGGACGGGAAGAAGCUAUGA